AGGAGGACGAGGAGUACGAGGAGACCUCGACUCGAGGCCCGACAUCAACUCACAACUCAAUCUAGUCCGUCAGAGUACGCGGUGGAGUACGCACGCGAGAUUUUUCUCCGCAGAUCGCACCCGGUCGCCGCCCACCCCGUUAAAUAGUAUUCAGGCGACGUUCAGGCGGGGACUAUUUCGAAUUCUCCCGCGUUCUUCGCCUUCGACGUUCGAACGCCCUCGGAAAAAAACAUUCGAAUAUUUGGGAACGCGACGAAAGCCGAGAGUUUCGCGGCUAUUUUUUCCGACGUUUGAAAAUUCCCGCAUCGCCCGAGGCGCGGGGAAACUCCGCGGAUCGUCGAACACCGCCGGAUUCGAUGCGACGAUUUUGAAAGAAACCACACGUAGCUGGGGGUAAAAAGUGAUUUGUGUAAAAUUUGUGACAGUGUCCGAGAAGGGAACGAUGUGAUAGCGAACACUAGAAAGAAUAUAAACCGAGGAUAUGUCUCGUACCGUGGCAAGGCUGGACACCGCCCUGGCUUCGUUGAUAUUAUUGGCACUCUGUACAACCUGCACAUUUGCCGCCAUGAGUUGCGUAGACGCGAAUCUGAGGUGCGCGUACAGAUCCGGUUGCGGAAUGGCCCUUCAACAGUACCUGACCAAGUGCUCAUCCGACCUACAAGGGGACGCCGUUCGAGUUUGCCCCGAGUCCUGUCUCCACGCCCUGAUCGCCCUGACCAGUACGGACGAGGGCAAGGAAUUGAUGACGUGCGAAUGCGCGACCGACGAGCACCUUUGCAUCCAGUCCAAGCAGAGGGUGGAAGUCUGCAGGCCGUCGGUCAUGACCGUUAUGAACAACACCAGGGUAUCCUGUAGGAUAGCUACCGGGAUAUGCGGCGCCGAUGCCCUUUGUUCAACCGCUCUUGAAUACUACAACGGUUUCUGCCGCAGCAUGUUUCACGGGAGAAAAUGCACCUACAGGUGUCGCAAUUCCAUCAACAUUCUCAGACGUCAGGAGAAGGCGGCCAAGUUGAACACGUGCAUUUGCGACGGUGCCGAGGAUUACGAUUGCAAGGGAAUUCAUCGUAACAUGAACCGGCUCUGCUUCGGUAAAAUUCAUCACGAUUAUCACGAGACGACGAAGAUCAUCAAUGAUCCGAGAUCGGACGAGAUACAGAGGAAUAAUAACGCGUACAGUCGGGGCGCCGGCGUCACGACACUGGUUCGCCGGACAACGCUGACCUUGACGUCGACCUUCCUGCUGGCUCAGCUCGCCAGAUAAUAAGACGGUCGAGACGCAGCAGGACGACUUUUCAAACAGUAUUCCGCGAGUGAAGACCAAAGACUCAAAAGAUUACCAGUUAGUGCGUUUGGCGAGGUGAAGGGAGGAAACCCAAAACCUUGUCGUCGGGUGUUUAGAGGAGGAAUAGUAUACGAUAAAGCUACGAAUGAUUAUUUUUAAAUAUACGUACCUAUACAGAAAAGGAAAACGGUUGAACAAAGACAUAAAUGGUCCAUAUGGUCCUUACCUCCAUCUUCAAAGGAUCUUCCAGGCGUCCGCGAAUACAACGAAACUUUAUAAAUAGAACAAAAAGGCUCCAGGCACAAAUAGGGCAGAAUUUUUCUAUACUGUAAAUUAAUGAGUGUAUCAUAGAGUUUUAAAUAAUUAUUAUAACUUAAUUUAUAUCAAGUGACUUAGUGAGUGAGAGAGCUUGUGUAUGUAAAUAGAUAAAAUUAGAAUUACGCGUCGUAAAUAAUAGCGAUAAUGCAAUUGCUGAUCGAAAGUGUUUGAAAAAAUUGAAGUUUAAAAAUCCGUCGAAACCGAUAUCCACUUUUUUUUACCUACAUCGUCGAAUUCACACAUCUUCGAAACAUCAUCCGGAUGAAUGACCCUCGAAAUUGCCCCUAUCGGACGAUCUUCAGCGGUUUAAUCAUUAAUGAACGAUAUCUGAUUUCAUCCGAACGGACUGUGGCAACUAUACAUAAUACGCAAAAGAGAUAUGUAAAGUAUUUAAGUGAAAUAAAAAAUAAUUUUUGCCAAAU